CGCUCGCGCGGAAGCACUGCCUUUCCGCAAUGGCAAUCCACGUUUAGGGACUGCAGAAGGGCCCUCAAGGCGGCCAUUAGGGAUAGCAAGCGCCAGUGCUUUCUCAAGCUAUGCGACUCUGCGGAGCAGGACCCAUGGGGAAGGGCGUACAAGUUGGUGACGAACAAACUUUGCGCCAAGAGGCAGGCACCCCCAUCGGACCCCGACACGACAAGAUCCAUCGUGGAGGAACUCUUUCCGCACAGGGCUGACCACAUCGGGGAUGUCCGUUGCCUCACACUGCAACCGCACAGUCAGGCACACAUCGAGGAGGUGUCACUCGAGGAAGUCGAAAGCGCAGCCAGGAGCAUCACCCCGAACAAGGCUCCCGGGCCGGACUCUAUCCCGAACAGAGCCCUCUUGCUCGCCCUCUCCACGCGUCCGGACAUCUUUGCGAAGCUGCUAAAUCAGUGCCUUCGGGAAGGAGUGUUCCCUAUGAGGUGGAAAAUACAGAAGCUAGUGCUUAUUCCCAAGCCAGGCAAGCCGCCGGGGACAGCGUCGUCGUAUAGGCCUAUCUGCCUGAUCGACACCGCGUUCAACACGGCGAGGUGGAGCUGCAUCCUAAAAGCGCUGGAGAGUUUCGACACACCCAGGUACCUGCAGCGGAUGGUACAAAGCUACUUUGAGAGAAGGCUGCUUUUGUACGACACGCAGGCUGGCACGGAGGAAUACGAGGUAUCGGCAGGCGUCCCGCAGGGUUCAGUGCUUGGCCCCACUAUGUGGAACGCAAUGUAUGACGGCAUCUUGCGACUCAGCCUCCCCCACGGAGUAAACAUGGUGGGUUUUGCAGACGAUGUGGCUGUCCUAGUGGUGGCAAAAGACCUGUCCGUCGUGGAAACGACCUGCAACAGUGGCUGGACCUGGUCGGGCUCGAACUCGCACCCCACAAAACAGAGGCAGUGCUGGCGACAACUGCUAACGAGUGUCACGAGAUCGGUGAUGCUAUAUACGGCGCCAAUCUGGGCAAAGGCCCUUCGAACAGCGAGCUACGCACGGGGUCUGGCAGCCACGCACCGCCUCUCUUCGAUUCGGAUCACCAGUGCCUUCCGAACGGUCUCGGACGAGGCAGCACACGUGAUCGCGGGCAUAGCACCUCUGGAAUUCCUGGCGGAUGAACGGUCCACAUACUACCAGGAAACACAUGGCAGAGGAAUGGACGCGGCGGCGAAAAGGCAGGUACGCAUGGCGUGCAAACAGGAGAGUCUCAGAAGGUGGCAACAGCGCUGGGACACGACCACUAAGGGGCGUCGACGCGUGGGUAAGCAGGAAGCACGGGCAGGUCAACUUUUACCUGACUCAGCUCCUUAGUGGUCACGGCUGCUUCCGAAGCUACCUUCAUCGCUUCGGGCACGCGGACUCCGCAGAAUGCUCUUGGUGCGGGCACUACGUGGAGGAGGAUGCCGAGCAUGCGAUAUUUUCGUGUGGCAGGUUCGCAGCGCAGCGCCAGCGGCUAGAAGAAGCGCUGGGUGGAGCCGUAGUCAAGCAGAGCUUGGUGCCGUGCAUGCUCCUGUCCCCGGAAAACUGGGAGGCGACGAGCUGCUUCGCGGCGACCAUUAUGAGGGAACUGCGCGCUGUUGAGCACCAGACAAGAGUCCAGUUAGUCUAAACGAAGCCUGCACAUGUGUGAAGCAUUGCUUCACGGCCGUACCACACAUGUUGGGCUUGCAUAGCCUAACCUUUAAUAUAGUUUGCUUUAAGUAUAAAAUAAGUUGUAAAUACGAGCAAUUAAAUGGAAUUAAAA